AUCUAGCUGCUGUUUAGCACUUUGGCAUUAGCUAGUUUUUGAGAAUACAGAUUAUGGGAAUAGUUAGAGAAAGGGCCGAUCAUCACCAAAACACUCCAGAGAACUUCGCGAUUGUUGAAACAGGGAUUUACAGGUGCAGUUUUCCAAAUUCUUCUAAUUUCCCCUUCAUCGAGACCCUAAACCUGAAAUCGAUUCUAUGUUUGUGUCCCGAACCAUAUCCCGAAGAGAAUACAAAGUUUUUGCAGUCUAAGAACGUUAAGCUUUUUCAGUUCGGCCUUCAGGGAACUAAAAAGGAGUCGGUUUCUGAUGAUACGAUCACCGAGGCUGUAAAGGUGUUGCUUGAUGUUAGAAAUCAUCCAAUUUUGAUUCACUGCAAACACGGGAAACACAGGACAGGUUGUGUUGUCGGUUGUUACAGGAAAGUGAAGAACUGGUGUUUGUCUUGUGUGCUAAAAGAAUACCAGCGGUUUGCAGGGGAGAAAGCCAGGCCAAGCGAUAUGAAUUUUAUUGAGAAUUAUGAUACUAGUUCAUGCCUUGGUCAGAGAUUUUACAGUGGAAUCAGUUACGGGAAGCAGUGUUUGGUUUACCAAGAAGAGAUGGCGAACAACAAUGCACUGGCAGCCGCAACCGCUGGUGGUGCAAAUAUAGGCUUGAUGUGGGGGGUAUCGGGUUAGGGAAUAUGACAUUUGCAUUGCAAUUUCGCUUACUUUAUUAACCAUGACUUGCAAAAUUUCGAGUCGAUGAGUGAACAUGUACAUAUGUAACUUCAAAUUUAAGAGGCUUGUUUUGUUUAACUGCGCAUCUUAUUUGCUUUGGCCUUUACAAUAUACUGAGAACUGACACCUUUCAUGUCAGAAAACCAAAAUACAAAUAAAAUAUGAAAAUUUACAAACAAGCAAG